GGUGGUGACCAGCCAAUGGGCCGGGCGGAUAGGACGCUCCUCCCGGAGAGUAGUGAGACCCCUGGUGCGGGGCGAUUGGUGGCGGGCACUAUGAGUGGCAGCCGCGCGGCCCAACGGGCGCAGUGCGUGGGCCGCGGGGCGGGGCCAGGGCGGGUGCGCGGCGGCGGCGGGGUGGCUGGGCCGGCGGCGGCGGCGGUACGAGGCGCGCGCUCGGGGUCCCGGUCGCGAGGAGGAGGAGGAUGUGGCGCGCGGAGGGGAAAUGGCUGCCGAAAACAAGCCGGAAGGAACUGCCAGACUGUUUUCCAAAGUGGCUGCAUCAUAUUACAUUGCCGCCAGCAAUGUUUGAAGAGCGUUUCCCAAAGUGUAUUCUGCGGAACUAGCACCUACUGUGUUCUCAACACCGUGCCACCUCUAGAAGAUGAUCAUGGGAACAGCAAUAGUAGUCAUGUAAAAAUCUUUUUACCGAAAAAGCUGCUUGAAUGUCUGCCGAAAUGUUCAAGUUUACCCAAAGAGAGGCACCGUUGGAACACUAAUGAGGAAAUUGCAGCUUAUUUAAUAACAUUUGAGAAACACGAAGAAUGGCUAACCACAUCCCCUAAGACAAGACCACAGAAUGGCUCAAUGAUCCUCUACAACAGGAAGAAGGUGAAAUACAGGAAGGAUGGGUAUUGCUGGAAAAAGAGGAAAGACGGGAAAACGACCAGAGAGGACCACAUGAAACUCAAGGUCCAGGGAGUGGAGUGCUUGUACGGCUGCUAUGUCCAUUCCUCCAUCAUCCCCACCUUCCACCGGAGGUGCUACUGGCUCCUUCAGAACCCCGACAUCGUCCUGGUGCACUAUCUGAACGUCCCAGCCAUCGAGGACUGCGGGAAGCCGUGUGGCCCCAUCCUCUGCUCCAUCAACACCGACAAGAAGGAGUGGGCGAAAUGGACGAAAGAGGAGCUCAUUGGGCAGCUGAAACCCAUGUUCCACGGCAUCAAGUGGACCUGCAGCAACGGAAACAGCAGCUCAGGCUUCUCCGUGGAGCAGCUGGUACAACAGAUUCUCGACAGUCACCAGACCAAGCCGCAGCCUCGGACCCACAACUGCCUCUGCACCGGCAGCUUGGGAGCGGGCAGCAGCGCUCACCACAAGUGCAACAGUGCCAAACACCGGAUCAUCUCGCCGAAGGUAGAGCCGCGGACAGGGGGGUACGGGAGCCACUCGGAGGUGCAGCACAAUGACGUGUCCGAGGGCAAGCACGAGCACAGCCACAGCAAGGGCCCGAGCCGCGAGAAGAGGAACGGCAAGGUGGCCAAGCCCGUGCUGCUGCACCAAAACAGCACGGAGGUCUCGUCCACCAACCAGGUGGAGGUCCCCGACACCACCCAGAGCUCCCCCGUGUCCAUCAGCAGUGGGCUCAACAGCGACCCGGACAUGGUGGACAGCCCUGCGGUCACGGGCGUGUCCAGCAUGGCCGUGGCCUCCGUGAUGGGGAGCUUGUCCCAGAGCGCCACGGUGUUCAUGUCCGAGGUCACCAACGAGGCCGUGUACACCAUGUCCCCCACCACCGGCCCCAACCACCACCUCCUCUCGCCCGACGCCUCUCAGGGCCUCGUCCUGGCCGUGAGCUCCGACGGCCACAAGUUCGCCUUCCCCACCACGGGCGGCUCGGAAAGCCUGUCGAUGCUGCCCACCAACGUGUCCGAAGAGCUGGUCCUCUCCACCACCCUCGACGGUGGCCGGAAGAUCCCAGAAACCACCAUGAACUUCGACCCUGACUGCUUCCUCAAUAACCCAAAGCAGGGCCAGACGUACGGGGGCGGAGGCCUGAAAGCGGAGAUGGUCAGCACCAACGUGCGGCACUCGCCACCAGUGGAGAGGGGCUUCAGCUUCACCACCGUCCUCGCCAAGGAGAUUAAGACCGAGGACACGUCCUUCGAGCAGCAGAUGGCCAAAGAAGCGUACUCCUCCUCGGCGGCAGCCGCGGCCUCCAGCUCCCUCACCCUGAGCGCCGGCUCCAGCCUCCUGCCGUCGGGCGGCGGCCUGAGUCCCAGCACCACCCUGGAGCAGAUGGAUUUCAGUGCAAUAGACUCCAACAAGGACUACGCGUCCGGCUUCAGCCAGACGGGCCGCAGCCCCCACGUCCACCAGACCCCUUCCCCGAGCUUCUUCCUGCAGGACGCCAGCAAGCCCCUCCCCAUCGAGCAGAACGCCCACAGCAGCCUGAGCGAGUCCGGGGGCACUUUUGUGAUGCCCACGGUGAAAACGGAGGCCUCGUCACAAACCAGCUCCUGCAGCGGCCACGUGGAGACACGGAUAGAGUCGGCUUCCUCCCUCCACCUCAUGCAGUUCCAGGCCAACUUCCAGGCCAUGGCUGCGGAAGGGGAGGUCACCAUGGAGACCUCGCAGGUGGCCGAAGGGGGCGAGGGCCUCAUCAAGUCUGGGGAGCUGCAGGCCUGUAGCUCCGAACACUACCUGCAGCCCGAGACCACCGGGGUGAUCCGCAGCGCCGGCGGGGUCCCCAUGCUCCCGGGCGGCGUGGUGCAGGGACUCUACCCGGUGGCGCAGCCGGGCCUCGCCAACGCCUCCAGCAUGGAGCUCAGCCUGGACCACUUUGACAUCUCCUUCAGCGGCCAGUUCUCCGACCUGAUCAACGACUUCAUCUCCGUGGAGGGGGGCGGCGGCACCAUCUAUGGGCACCAGCUGGUGUCGGGGGACGGCGCGGCGCUCUCCCAGUCGGAAGACGGGGCCCGCGCCCCCUUCGCCCAGGCGGAGAUGUGCAUGCCCUGCUGUAGCCCCCAGCAGGGGAGCCUGCAGCUGACCAGUGCCGAGGGCGGGGCUGGCACCAUGGCCUACAUGCACGUGGCUGAGGUGGUCUCCACCACCCCAGCGCAGGGCACCCUGGGGAUGCUGCAGCACAGCGGACGGGUGUUCAUGGUGACCGACUACUCCCCGGAGUGGUCUUACCCAGAGGGAGGAGUGAAGGUUCUCAUCACAGGCCCAUGGCAAGAAGCCAGCAAUAGCUACAGCUGCCUGUUUGACCAGAUCUCAGUGCCUGCGUCCUUGAUUCAGCCCGGGGUCCUACGCUGCUACUGCCCAGCCCAUGACACUGGUCUUGUGACCCUACAAGUUGCCUUCAACAACCAGAUCAUCUCCAACUCAGUGGUGUUUGAGUACAAAGCCCGGGCCCUGCCCACGCUCCCUUCCUCCCAGCAUGACUGGCUGUCAUUGGACGAUAACCAGUUCAGGAUGUCCAUCCUAGAACGUCUGGAGCAGAUGGAGAGGAGGAUGGCGGAGAUGACGGGGUCCCAGCAGCACAAACAGGGGAGCGGAGGAGGCAGCAGCGGAGGGGGAAACGGGAGCGGGAACGGAGGAAGCCAGGCUCAGUGUGCCUCUGGCCCCGGGACGCUGGGCAGCUGCUUCGAGAGCCGUGUGGUUGUCGUGUGUGAGAAGAUGAUGAGCCGCGCCUGCUGGGCCAAGUCCAAGCACUUGAUCCACUCAAAGACUUUCCGGGGAAUGACCCUCUUGCACCUGGCUGCUGCCCAGGGCUACGCCACCCUCAUCCAGACCCUCAUCAAAUGGCGCACAAAGCACGCAGAUAGCAUCGAUUUGGAACUGGAAGUUGACCCCUUGAAUGUGGACCACUUCUCCUGUACUCCUCUGAUGUGGGCGUGUGCUCUCGGGCACUUAGAGGCUGCUGUCGUGCUGUACAAGUGGGACCGUCGGGCCAUCUCCAUUCCGGACUCUCUAGGAAGGCUGCCUUUGGGGAUCGCCAGGUCGAGGGGUCAUGUGAAAUUAGCGGAGUGUCUGGAGCACUUGCAGAGAGAUGAGCAGGCUCAGCUUGGACAGAACCCCAGAAUCCACUGUCCUCCGAGCGAAGAGCCCAGUACAGAUAGCUGGAUGACCCAGUGGCACAGUGAAGCCAUCCACUCACCGGAAGUACCCAAAGGAGUCACCGUCAUUGCAAGUACCAAUCCAGAGCUGAGAAGACCUCGUUCUGAACCCUCUAAUUACUACAGCAGUGAGAGCCACAAAGAUUAUCCAGCUCCCAAAAAGCAUAAAUUGAACCCUGAGUCCUUCCAGGCAAGGCAGCAGAAACUGCUCUCCACUGCACUGAGUCUGGAACAGCCAAAUAUCAGGAAGCAGAGCCCUAGUUCUAAGCAGUGUGUCCCUGAGACAAUCAGCCCCAGUGAAGGAGUGAGGGACCGCGUCCGGGAAACCUCCCCUCCCGUUCCAGAGACUGCACGACUCCAAGCCUCUGGAUCUCAGCCCGUAGUAAAGUGGAGUCCCAAAGAUCUUUACAUUGGUGUGUCUACAGUACAGGUGACUGGAAAUCCGAAGGGGACCAGUGUAGGAAAGGAUGCCGCACCUUCACAGGUGCGUCCACGGGAACCAAUGAGUGUCCUGAUGAUGGCUAACAGAGAGGUGGUGAAUACAGACAUGGGGCCCUACCGUGAUAGUGCAGAGAGCGAGGAGUGCACACAGCCCAUGGAUGACAUCCAGGUGAACAUGAUGACCUUGGCAGAGCACAUCAUCGAAGCCACGCCUGAUCGAAUCAAGCAGGAGAGUUUUGUGCCCACGGAGCCCUCGGCUUUGGAAAGAACAGACACUGCCACCAUCAGCAGUACCAUGAGCUGGCUGGCCAGUUACCUGGCCGAUGUCGAUCGUCUGCCAAGCGCUGCCCAGAUCAGAAGUGCAUAUAACGAGCCUCUAACCCCUUCUUCUAAUACCAGCUUGAGCCCUGUCGGCUCCCCAGUCAGUGAAAUAGCUUUCGAGAAACCCAGCCUUCCCUCAGCAGCAGAUUGGUCUGAAUUCCUGAGCGCGUCUACCAGUGAGAAGGUAGAGAAUGAAUUUGCUCAGCUGACUCUGUCUGAUCACGAGCAGAGAGAACUCUAUGAAGCUGCCAGGCUUGUCCAGACCGCUUUCCGGAAAUACAAGGGCCGACCCUUGCGAGAACAGCAAGAAGUGGCUGCUGCCGUCAUUCAGCGUUGUUACAGGAAAUACAAACAGCUGACAUGGAUAGCCUUGAAGUAUGCACUUUAUAAAAAGAUGACACAGGCUGCCAUCCUAAUCCAGAGUAAAUUCCGAAGUUACUACGAACAAAAAAAAUUUCAGCAGAGCCGGCGUGCCGCUGUGCUGAUCCAGAAGUAUUACCGGAGUUAUAAGAAAUGUGGCAAAAGACGGCAGGCUCGCCGAACAGCUGUAAUUGUACAACAGAAACUCAGGAGCAGUUUGCUAACCAAAAAGCAGGACCAAGCUGCUCGAAAAAUAAUGAGGUUUCUACGCCGCUGCCGCCACAGAUUUCUGGAAAAUGGCAAGAUCUCUCUUUUCCUAAAUUCCCCACAAGCUAUUGCAGCUCUCAGAGCAACAGAGUGAAAGAGUUGAGAAAGGCCAAGGAACUUGAAGACAUACAGCAGCAUCCCUUAGCAAUGUGACAUUGCUUUUCAGACUGUUUUCAUUUCUGUUUUUAGCAGAGACAUGCAAAACUACGACACACACACGCACGCACACACGCACACACACGCACACAAUCCCUCUGCAGUUUUGGGGAGAUCAGCUGCAGGAUUUUAACAGGAAUGUGUUGGUCAUUGCAUUUGCACUUUCAUGGACAACUUUUAAUUUGAUCAGCAAGACAUCUUGGAACUCAAUCUUCUGUUGGAUCAUGGGAAAAACAAGACACCACGAGGAAUCGAAAGAGGCUUCCUUUCCUUAGGAAGCAGCCGGUUUCCUUCUCAUAUAGGGCUGUAUUCAAACAUCGUGUGGAACUGUACAAAUAUUUAUACCAAAAAUAUAGAUAAGCAAAGGUGGGGAUGCGCUAGCAACAAAAGAGAAUGCUGCUCCUGCACCUGUCAGUUACUUCCAAGAAGCUGAAUCUUUGGGAUUGACUCUCAGUGGAGGGCUUAGACCAUACAAAUCUUCAUUGGGUCCGUGUGUUCGCAUUUCCUUCACUGGUUUUAUUUUCUUUGAAUUCGUGUUUGUUUUAAUCUCUACAGCACACUUAAUGCAACUUUUAAAAUCUGCAGGUUUUUAAUGUCUUGUGGAAAUUUGCAGAGGGGCGGGUGUGUGGUAAACGGGGAAUGCAUGGGAAUUAAUGAGAAACAGCUCACAGAGUUUAACUUUAUUUUCUUGUCCCCACCACCUCCCAGGAACCUGCGAGUGUAGUGACCAUCUCGUCCCUUUUGUCAUGCUCAGCACUUUCAUUUGUGGGCCUUACUUUCAUGUGCAAUGAGAUUUACUUAGAGAAUUGGUACAGCAUGUAGCUUUUCUUAGUAACCUUGGAAACUGUAGUCAUUCUAAGGAAUCAUAAGCCUUGCCUGGACAUUUGCCACCUAAAAGAUCAGUGUGGUGCUGCGUUCUGGCCAGUAAAUUCCAUAUUUUUGGCUAUAAUCUCAUCCAAACUGAGCAGUUUCUGUGUAUAUAUAGAAGGUAGAAACGGAAAGCGAGAAAAUAUUUGAAAGGGAUUAUAUUAAUUGCUAAAUAUUUUAUUCACAAAGGUCGAUAACCUGGCGAGAUAAAAUUAUUUGUAUAGUUUUGUCUGAAUGAGCGAGAAAAAUGUGGAUGUAUUGUUUGUAUAUAUUGUAUAUAUUAAAACAAAGAGAUAUGUGCAUGAAAUCAAGAAAAAAGAAAUGAACAAAAGCAAAGCAUUAGUGGCUAUGGUCUGUAAAAUGAAACAAAAAAAAAACUUUAUUUCACUAUAAGAGUACUUUAUUUUAAAUGUUCUUUAGAAGAACAUUUUGCUAAAGCAUGACUAAACUGGAAAAAAAAAGAGCUACUGUAUUUAGACUUAGGAUAAAAGGCAGAGUAACAUUACUUAAAAAAAAAAAAAAAAAAGGAUAUGUUUACAUUUAAUUUUGGCUACCAGGAGUUUAUUUUAUUUAAUUUAAAAUUUUUUUGCCAAUGGUGCCAAGUAAUGUGAAUGCUAAUAUUGCUUAAGAAAAUUAAGUUACUUUCGCUAAACAGAUAAUCAUAAGAUGAAUCCGUAUAUAGCUUAACACCAUCCACUCACUCCAACAAAGAACACUUAGAACGAUCAAAACCUGACAAAAGAAAUAGUACGAAAGGUUGAAAAAUGUCUCACGUUUUCAUAUCUCCUGCUGGAAAUCAGAAAAUGUAACAAAAAUUGCACAAAAAAAUGACUAAAAAUUUAAAAGAGGCAAACUGGUCUUGCAAGGUUGUCAUGGUCUAUUACUCUUUCUAUAUAAUGAGGAGCCAAAGAAAUCUGAUGCUUUUAAAAAUUAAACUACUAACGUUAAAUCGAGAGAAUAAAGUUCGCAUUUGCUGAUGCCAGUUUAAAACUCCCAGGUUAAGUUUCAGGAUCAGUUGGUGUAAAGCUGAGAUUAAAUAGUUUUGUUUUUUUUCUUCUUCUUCUUGGUUCUGGCUGCCAACUGUACGUUAAAACUCAAGGCUUGUUGUGAAGCCUAAAAAUAUUCACAAAUAAGCUUUUAAACUGGCGUCUUUAGAAGGAAGAUAGAUACAAACAGAUUGUGGUAAAAACUGGGGUCAGUGCUCUUGGUGCCUUUUCUAUAAUUGUACUUGUUUUUUAAUUACUUCCUUUCACUGCCAACCUCGGAUUACUGUAAAGUAUAUGUCUUACCGCUUGUGAUCAGCUUUGACAACAGUUUCAGCCCCACAACUAGUAGCCACCUGUACAUUUGUAAACUGACCUGGCUCCAUUUUGUUUUUAAAUGUGUGGGUUAUGUUGCAGCUGUUGCACACACGCCCCCCCCCCAACCCCCAGAUACCUAUUAUUUUACACGAUUUGAUCUACAGGAGGACACUGAGUAAUUUACAAACACACAAUUGUAUUCAUAAAUGGGAACAGAAGGUGAAAGCCAGCUCUUUCAGAAUAUCCUAUGUUAGUACUGAAUUGAGAUCGGUUUCUUCCAUUUCUUACGGUACAAAUAAGUGAUCUUUUGACAAGAGUAAUGACCUCAGUGGAUUUGCUUUAAUCCUCACAUUUAUGUAUUCAUUUAUUUUUUUUUUUUAAUGUCUCCCAUGCUACAUUAUUAGCUGAGUAAGUUAGAAACUUCUGGAAGAUAAGGACUUACAUAGAAUUAGGAGGGUUCUUCUGGAGGGGAUAGGAAGUAGGUUCAAAGCCUACCAGUGUAGCCUACCAGUACAACUGUGAAUCCUGGGUGAGGUACAAAUGCACUUCCACUGAAACGAAGCAUUUCUGACCGCUUUUUCUUGGUUGUGAAUCUUAAUUUUGACUAUAAGAUGAUAGGUAAGCGCAGCUUUCUUGGAUAAUCUGAAUUCCCAAGUGCCAGGAGUAGGAUUUCAUUAUAAAAUUAAUAGCUAAUCUUAUUCUGUCUCCUGAAGAUUUAAUUGCUAUUCUUGUUACCCAUUUGAAAUCAGCUGUACUGUGUGAACGAAAUAAAGACAAUAACUCGAACCCCUCUCUGGCUGCACGGGUCGCUUAUGGCAGUUCCACACAGUAGUUGGCGCCCAAUGGGGGGUCCCUGAGACUUGCAUGUAAAACUAGUCUAGAUGUCUUCUUUUUUGUAAGUUUUAUUUUUGUAAUUGUGCAUGUAAAGCAUCAUUGAAUCAAUGGAUCUGUUGAAGAACUCAGCUGCUGGAAACCAUGCAAAAUGUUUUGAAUUGCCCUUAAAAUAUGGAAAAUGUUUUCUGAAUGCUUUAUAUUCUUUCUGCUGUAAAUUAAAAAUGAAGAAAAUUUCCCCAUA